AUAAAUGUCGUUUUAUUUUAGGUUCCUCGUACUAUUUAUUCGAUACGUCUCAAAGAUAUCGAUUCGGGAAUUCUUAAUGCUCAAGCAAUGUCUUAUGUCAAUAUGCUCUGUGAAAAUUUGCCAUUAAUUAUUGAAUUCGACGAGAAAAGUCCAAAUGGAUUAAAUGCUGUGACUUUAACUACUAUCAAAACUCAACAAAAUGUUAACAAUCAUUUGAUAAAGCUUUUGACUCAAAAAGAAAGAGAUUCGCCAGAAACAGUACAGAUGUUGAGCAAAGGAGAUAUUGUUUAUAUUUCAACGUUUGUGGAUUUACACGCUAUUUACGUUAGACGUAUUAACAACGGCACAGAUAAAUUUAAAUCAUUCUUGGAGAAUUUUUCAUCUUUCUGCGCGUUAGAAAGUCCUAUAAAAAAUGAUCCUAAAGUUGGUGCUAUCAUUGGGGCAAGAGAACAUGGAGGAAAUAAAUUCUACAGAGCUGAAAUUAUUUCUAGAGUAGACAAUGACAACUUUAAUGUCUGUUUUAUUGAUUUUGGAUAUUGUGAUACCAUACAUAAAAGUAAUAUGGUACAGCCGCCCGAAUCACAGCUACAAAAUUGUCCGCCUACGUUUAUGGUCAGGUUGCAUGGACUAGAUGCAGAACCUGCUAAUGCCACGAUAUUGCACUACAUAGAGGAUAUCAGCCAUACAGAUACAUUUAUAAUUGACUCCAUCACUGAACUAAACAAAGUUGUAUUGAUAUCAGCCAAUACACAAUGCAAUAUAAAUAAAGAAAUAAAGAAACUUUUAGACAACGGAAAUAUUGGACAACAUAUUAAAAACGGUGUAAACGCCAACGGUGACAAACAUGCCGAAAAAUGCGUAAUAAAGUACUGCAGACCGCCUUUGGACGUUGCCACUCAGGUUUGGGUCGCAGACAAAAUAUCUCCUUCGAGGUACUCUGUACACACAAGUGACAGUCGUCUUGAAUUCAUACAGUUGGAGAAUCAAAUCUUUGAAGACAGUAAAACGUUUGAAUCUGUUAAAUCUGUCAGUGUUAAUAUGCCGUGCAUCGUGUACUUUAGUCCUAGUUGGUAUCGUGGUGUAGUGUUGGAGGUAAUCGAUAAAGUCACCGCAAAAGUUGGUCUUGUGGACGUUGGAAAUUUCAGUGUCGUUCGCAGCAUCAAAGAAAUUUUCCGCAUGCCUUCGAAAUACAAAGGAAAAUCGCUGGUGAGUAAACGCAUGCAGCAUGUGUCUAUUAUUUUUAUAAUGCCUACCUAAAAAGUUUUUGUUCAA